UCCAAACCCACCACCAAUGGCAUGCAGUUGUGCAAGCAGAUACUGAACAACCUGUCUCCCUUUCUCUCUGCGUUCCGCGUGUGAUGAUACGAAACUCCGCAUCUCUUCACCCAAGAACGGCAGCAUUGGGAUGUUUGUUCAACUGGCCGCGCCUGGAUCGCGAGUGCCAAUUCUGCGUAGCUUACGUGGAGGAGCCUGGGUGCCGUCUGUGGCUGUGAUGAUGACUCGGGGCGAUGGCUAGUCAAACCAGCAAGCUAGCUUGCCGAGAAGCCACCACGUCAACGACGGCGACGACGAUCCUUCGAUCGGGAAAGCGAUUCGAUAGGGACAAUAAGCAGGACCCAGACGGUGUGCAGCGGUGUAUCGGUGUGACGUUUUGACAGUGAAAUCCAGGAUGUACUCCAGGAUAGUGGUGACAGCGGUGCUGUGGUGCUGCCUAGCGCAGGUGGCACACAGCAAACCCGACUUCGGUAUUGACAACAUGAUGAUGAACCGGACGAAAGUCCUUGAUCCGGCGAUCGUGGCGAAACAACGUUUCCUGCGCGUCUACGACUACAUCAAGCCGGUGCUGCAAUCUAGCAUGACCUAUCUUUCCGAGGCAACCGAUGCCCUAAACAAUAUCGCCAAAUCGGUGAAUAAGCUGGGCCCGGAGCUAAUGGACAGCAUAACGACGGCGUAUAAUAGCAGGGAGGACGUCAAUGGGACGUUCUCGCUCAUCGAUACGGUCCGGGACGAGUUCGAGGAGUUCGUCGGCAAUGAGCUAUUGGUCGAAAAGCAAAGUCUGACGGCAUUACUGCAGGUGUACGUGAGCGAUCAACUGGAGGAUAACUUUUUCCAUCUGAUGGCACGGAUUAGGCGGCUCGUUGAUACGCUGCAUGAGCUCAAGGCAGCGGUCCAGGCAGCGUCGAAUGCGGUCGGCGGUGGCCUUAUUCCGGAAGCAACCUUGAAGCAGUACGUCUCGGAGAAGCUCGUCAAUGAUCUGAGCCGUGGUUUAACACUGCUCGGCUACCGUAUACCCGUGAUGACCUACACGAUCCAAUCGUCACUGGAAAACAUCAAACAGGGCGAUGACUACUUCUACGGGCUUUCGCUCGAGGCGGAUCGUGUGCUACAAGAGAUCGUAAGCACUGGCACGGCAUUCUACCAGCAGGUGUCCGUGUACAGAACACCGGUUGAAAUGGCUGCCGACCAGCUGAUAACCCAAUAUAAAGAUGUAAUGUCUUACGUGCAAUCCGUGGUGGCCGGAUACGCCAAUAACUCCCUGGUGGCACCGAUCAAUGAGUUGAAUUCCAUCCUGCUCACGAGCCUGAACCAGACCAAGCAGAACUUCACCACCAACUACCUGGCCGGGGUACAGAACAUCUCCACCCUGCUGCCAAUCGACACGAACUACUACUUCCCCCCAGGGAAACAUCCGGCCGAGGUGCUGGUCCAGACGCUGAUCGCUAACUGGAAGUUCUCACGCUACUGCUUCUGGAAGUACUCGGGUACGCUCUACAAUCUGCUCCUGGUGUCCAACUACGCUAGUGAGUGCUACGAUCGGGAGGUAGAUCGUUUGCUGACGCUCCAGGAUACGCUGCUAGUCGAGAUGGAGAUGAUGGCCUAUAACCUGGAGGUAGCAGCGUACGCGGACACGUGCAUGUUUAUACCGACGAGCGCCAACCGGGAGACCGAUUGUGUCAAUGAGUUCGCCGCAUACUACAGAGCACUGAACAGUAACUUUGCGCCCCGGUUCGCCACCUUCCUGAAGAUGGUCGAUAUCGAACUGCGGGCAUGCAGCGCCCGAUUGUCCGUCUGCUGGCAGACUCGCGUCCAGGAAUCCAUAUUCCACUUCGAGAAGAUUGUUGACGACAUUCUAAAGUGCGGAGUGUCCGGACCACUUGCCUAAGCGAGAGCCAAUCGAAGAGGAUAGUUCAAGAGAAAUAAAGAUCUGGAAGAUCGUUGGG